GUCUAAAAUAUUUCGAAAACUUUUUAGGGUAAUUUGGGGCGAAAUCCUACAGAAACUAGGGUAAACCAAAACCGUAAAUGGAAAUACUGAUAACUGCACUUGGAGUUGGGUUGGAUCCUGUCUUGCUUGAAAAUCUUUACAAUGGUGCUCACAAAGGAAUAUAGAAUUUGUAUGCCAAUGACCGUCGAAGAGUAUCGAAUCGGACAGUUAUAUAUGAUUGCUCGCCAUAGUUUUGAGCAAUCGAAUAAUGGUGAAGGUGUUGAGGUGAUAACGAAUGAGCAAGUUACGGAUGAAAUAAAUGGAGUUGGGCAAUUCACAGAGAAGAGAAUACACUUAUCCAGCCACUUACCUUAUUGGAUCCAAAGUAUAACACCAAAGAUUUUCUAUGUUACUGAAAAAGCAUGGAAUUAUUACCCAUACACAAUUACAGAAUAUACAUGUUCCUUCAUUCCAAAAUUUUCAAUAUCUAUUCAGACUCGAUAUGAGGAUAACAAUGGCACUACUGAAAAUUGUUUGGGUCUAACACCAGAAGAACAAGAAUUGAGAGAAGUUGAUUUUAUGGACAUAGCAUUUGACGAAAUCAAACCGCAUCACUACAAAGAGUCAGAGGACCCUAAACUGUUUAAAUCCGAGAAGUCUGGCCGAGGGCCUCUUGCUGAGGGCUGGAGAGACACACAGAAGCCUAUUAUGUGCUGCUAUAAAGUUGUCCAUGCUAAGUUUGAGGUUUGGGGGCUACAGACUAAAGUUGAAGACUAUGUUCAGGUGGCCAUUCGAGAAAUCUUACUUCUUGGUCAUCGGCAAGCAUUUACAUGGAUGGAUGAAUGGUUCAACAUGACGAUAGAAGAUGUUAGAAAUUACGAGCAGGAGAUGCAAGCUAAAACUAACGUAAAGGUUAAAAGUGCAUUAGAAGAAUCGGAAAAUAAAGAAGGACAAGACAGCAAGAAGUCAUCGCAGCCUGCAACCCCUAAGUCAUCACAGCCUGCAACCCCCAAGUCAUCACAACCUGCAACUCCUAAGUCUCCUAAAAGCCCGACUACACCCUCGGCAGAAUCCAAAUCAUGGUUUUCGUGGUCAUAAUUUCGUUAAAAUAGAAGCUAGUUUGAUCUCACCACAGUGUGUGACGUAUAACCGUGUUAACAAGAGCUGGCACUUACAACACUUUCACAUUGAGUUUGUAUAGUGUCUAUGAAUUAGGCUGAGAUCUGUAGAGCGCACUUUGACUUUGCUCAGACUUAAGACACUGUUAAAAUGAGACAGCGUUAUACCGCUGGCAUAAAUCUGUUUUGUUUUAACUGAAACUUAAGUCUAAGCAAAGUCAAAAUGCGCUCUAUAGGUUUUAACCUAAGUCUCUCUUUGUUUUGACUCACGAAUACUAUCAAAAUUGGUGAGAAGUAAAAUCUCACACUGAAGGUACUGUGAACGUGCCAGCUCUUGCUAACCGACCUGUCUACAGGGUUUAGUUUUGUCAACUCAAUGUGUUCAUCUGUUGCCUUCCUCUCAUAUCCAACUUUUUAACAUGGAGAAAUUCUUUGCAAAUCAUCGCAUUGAUCUGACAGUCUAGAACUCUUGACUAUGGAGUACUGAGUUGAGAGUUCUGUGUGCAUUGUUAUCAAUGUGGUGGCUUGGAUUAUUUUAAAACAUGUCAUUGAGUCCAAAAGUAAAGUUUAUUAUCAUUUA